AUGAGCCCUCCGGGCUCGGCGUGGGGCGGCCACCCUCCUCCCCCGGCGGUGCCCGGCGCCCCGUGGGACCCGCCGGGGCCGGUCUUCCGCAGCAUCCGCUGCCAACUCUCGCUGCAGGACCUGGAGGCCUUCCUCGAGCAGGAGAGCUCGGCCAGCGACCGGAGCAGUGCCAGCGGGGGCAGCGACUCGGAUCGGGGCGUCCUGGGCCGCCUGCUCCGGAGACCCAAGGGGCGCGGGAGGAAACCGACGGGGGGCGACUGGGCGGAGGGGCCCUUCCCGAAGCCUCCCCCCAACGGGCCGAGGGCGCCCUCGGGCAAAGAGGGCACCCAUCACCACCACCACCAGAAUGGCACUCUGCCCGAACACCACACCUUGCUCAGUUGGAUCGCUGGCAGAGCCUUUCCCUCCAGCAAACCGCGGGCCAAAGACCCCGAGAGGCAAACCAAGAAGGCGGCCAGGUGGCCUCCCCCAAAUUUGGAGGCCCCCCAGAGUCCCCGGCUGGCCCCAAGGCAAGGCCACAGGGCUGCCAGCAUCCCGGAUGUGAAGGGGUUGAGCCUGGAUGUGGAGCCCAGGUCUGCUUUGGUACCCCUGGAGGCCCGGGAGCAUGCCUGGCUGGUGAAAGUGGCCGCCGGGUCAUGGAUGCAGGCCCGGGCGCUGCUGCUUGAAGAUCCCCACCUGGCCACCCGCAAGGACUUCAUCUCUGGCUACACAGUGCUCCACUGGCUGGCCAAGCACGGGAACGCCCAGGUGUUGCUAGACUUCGUCACGGGGGCCCGAAAAGCUGGGGUGGCCCUGGAUAUGAACGUGCGGUCGGGCUGCGGCUACACCCCUUUGCACCUGGCCGCCAUGCACGGCCACCAGGUGGUGAUGAAAUUGCUGGUGGAGAAGUUUCGGUGCCACGUCCAGAUCCGGGACAGCAGCGGCAAGAAGCCUUGGCAGUACCUGAGCGGGGCCACCUCCGGGGAGGUGUGGCAGCUCUUGGGGGCCCCCCGGGGCCAAACCAUCUUUCCGGCCCGCCCUAUCGCCAAGAUCUCCUCUCCUCCGGCGAGGCGAGGCAAGAGUCCUGAGCUGGCGAGGAAAAUCAGCAGGAAAGCAUCUCUGGCCGCUUACUUGAAACCUCAACACAUAAAGUGGAAAAUGGCAAAUAAAUGCCCCCCUUUGCACGAAAGAGAGGAAUAUAGUGACUGACGUGUUGCAUCCUUUGGAACCACUGUCCACCUGAGCUUCUAAAGGGCUUUGCCAACUUAACCUGUGUCCAGACUGAAUGGCUGCAUUUGGCAGCGAGUUCAGGACAGAGAGGAUUUUAUUCAUGUGGAACCUGUUUCCGUCCCCUUUAUUUAUUUUAACAGUGGUGGAAGGAGGUGUUUGAAUUCCAGAGAGAUGCUGCUACCAGAUCCUAAGGAGAUAACUGGGGGAUUUGCUGCUAAUGGUUGAGCUGAUUUUUUUGGUGUGGGGGAGAAGAGGGGAGGGAUGUCCCAGCACCCAGAAGCUAUGCUACUGAUCCUUUGCUAUGAUAAUCUUCAAAAUGGACUUUGGAGAAUCCAUGCAUUUAUCCUUCCUGACGUUGGAAAGAGCAAAAUUGCCCUCGAUUGGAAGCUGCUAUUUGAAUGGGGGGUGGAGGAAAUAGGAGGGUUGAACAGCAGAGUACCUCAAACCCAUUUUAACCUUCCCACAAAGAAUAAGGGCUUACGUAUAAUGAAAAAUAUUUAGGUAUCAUCAGGGAAGAGAUGAUAAAUCAUGAUUUAAAACCAUACUAAUAACAACAGUAUUCAACACUCCCUUCAGGAGGUGAAGAGACCCAGGGUGUGGGAUGUUAUUCACCCUCUAUUUUGUCAGGUACCAUUAAUUAUUUGCCUUUAGGAACAUCUGUUGGAGAGGCAAGCAGACGGGGGGGGGGUUAUCUUAAUUAUGCUGAGAUUACCUUACAGCAGAGAAGUUUUAAUGUAAUUUAACAAACCAAAGUGGGUUGGCUGGGCUGAAGAUGUUAUCUUGAAUCAAAGGAGGGAAUGAAAGGAUUCCUCCUCCCUGCACAGUACAAAUGCUUAAUCUUAUUUUAUUAUAUAUAUAUUUUUUAAAGCUUUCAAAUAAAUCUUACUGCUGCUAAUGUA